AUGACAACCAAUCCGAUAACUCAGUCCAAAAUAACCGUUCCCAGUAAUCUUACCAGCACUGUCCAAGAUUUAAGCACUAGUUUAACGGCUAUUAAGCCUAAUAAUUCCGAAACCACUCAGAUUAUCACUUAUACCCUAAUUGCCACCGCAAUCAUUAUGGGAAUCAAAGACUAUUUACCCGAUUUCAAAGGAGCCUUGAACAAUUUCUAUGACGAACGCUUAAAAGACCUGGUCGAAAACAAAAGCACGGAAUACAAGGCUCUCGCGGGAGAAUUCAUCCAACGGAGUUUAAAUUACCAAAAAGCCAUGUUAGCGAUUGGA